AUCCGUUGAAACACCACUUCCACUCUUUUCAACACAAUUUUUCUCUUUUCUCUUCACCUUUUCAAUGCUUAAAACUACAAUCAAUUUUCACAUAUCUUACAAAACCUUACUUCCAAACAACCAGUCACACCAAUGUCGGAGUCCACAGCCACAUCAACUUCUCUCAUGAGUUUGAAGGUACUUAUUCUAGCAGGAAUUUUCCUCAUCAUCGUCAUAAUAAUCGUGCUUUUCAUCUUCCUCUGUUUUCGAAGUAACCGAACCAGCAAGAAACGGAAGCUGUUACCGAAGCUACAUAGCUCCGGAACCACUCCUCUGGUUUCUAAGGAAAUCGCGGUGGUUAAGGAAAUUGAUCUCACGCGCUCCACUGAACAAACGCGGAUUCAGAUUUUUGAUGAUGGUGAUGUUGUUGAUGAGAAGAAAGAGGCGGAGAUUAAGGUUGAAAUUGGAGGAGUUAGGAAAAGUGACGUGUCAGGUGGUGGGGUCCACAUGGAGGAGGAUCCAAAUAUAGGGUGGGGUCGGUGGUAUAGUUUGAAGGAAGUGGAAAUGGCGACACGUGGAUUUUCUGAAGGGAAUGUGAUUGGUGAAGGAGGGUAUGGUGUUGUUUAUAGAGGUGUUUUGCAAGAUUCUGUUGUGGCGGUGAAGAAUCUUCACAACAACAAGGGUCAAGCUGAGAAGGAGUUUAAGGUGGAAGUUGAAGCCAUUGGAAAAGUAAGGCAUAAGAAUUUAGUUCGUUUAGUAGGAUAUUGUGCAGAAGGUGCUCGAAGGAUGCUUGUUUACGAAUAUGUUGAAAAUGGAAACUUGGAGCAAUGGCUGCAUGGUAAUGUAGGACCAUUUAGCCCCUUGACAUGGGAUAUUCGAAUGAAGAUUGCCAUUGGAACUGCGAAAGGGCUAAGCUAUUUGCAUGAAGGCUUAGAACCCAAAGUUGUGCACCGAGAUAUAAAAUCUAGCAACAUUCUUUUGGACAAAAACUGGAAUGCCAAAGUUUCAGAUUUUGGACUUGCCAAGCUCUUAGGAUCCGAGAAAACCCAUGUAACCACACGUGUAAUGGGAACAUUUGGAUAUGUUUCGCCUGAGUACGCAAGCACGGGUAUGCUUAAUGAGCGUAGCGAUGUUUAUAGUUUUGGAGUUCUACUCAUGGAAAUAAUCACAGGAAGAACGCCUAUUGAUUAUUCAAAACCACCCGGAGAGGUGAUUUUAGUUUUGUCCAAAUUUUUUCAUUUUUGCAUUCCAUUCCAUGAACACAUUGGAGUCUUACCUGCAUAUUUGUUUGAUUCGCUUCAGAUGAAUUUGGUUGAUUGGUUUAAGGGAAAGGUAGCCAGUCGCUGCAGUGACGAACUCGUUGAUCCUUUGAUUGAGAUUCCACCUUGUCCAAGAUCUCUGAAGCGGGUUUUACUGAUUUGCCUACGCUGUAUAGAUUUGGAUGUGAUCAAGCGACCGAAAAUGGGUCAAAUUGUUCAUAUGCUUGAGUCAGAUGAUUUCCCCUUUCGUUCUGAGCUACGUACAAUUAGGGACAAAGAUUCUGCGCCUUCUCAAGCAGAUGUUUCCAUCAAAGUUCCAUAUCAAAGAAAGCUUGCAGAACCUGCGGAAAAAUCAACACAUAGAUGAUUGGUCUGUAAUUGAUCGUGCAACUAAGGUCGUCAAAUUUAUUUGUUCUUAUGAUUUUCAUUAUGUUGUGAACAAGCCGGCAUGAGUUAUUGUGCAUAUCUUAUUCGUUGUAGUUACUUCCUCUAGGUCAUUACACCAUUUGUUGUAUUGCUUUAUUGUGGGAACUGGGAAGAGAGAGGAGGUUUGUAAAUAUGUAUCUCUAUUAUAUAUCAGUUUUGUUUGUGUGCA